AUGAAUCCUUUGGAUGAUACCUCUUUCUAUCUGUUGAAUCCUCUUUUUUGUGAUAUUUAUAAAAACUUCUACGAUGCAAUUUUGAAAUUAUCAAUUCUUUCAAAUAAUUUUAAUAGUUAUUUAUCUGAAAAAUCAUCUUACUUCAACCAGUCAAAUAACAAUAAUUCUCUUUGUUCGGAUUUAUUGGAUUUAUCUCAAAUUUUAAAUGUAGAUAUUGACAUAAAUUUUAUCUUAAAUGUCAAUAAUAAUCUUUCAACCAACGAAAUCGAUACCAAUAAUGAUAUUGAUAACAAUAACGAUAACGAUAAUGAUAUUGAUAAUGACAAUCAUAUUGAUGAAAAUGACAAUCAUAUUGAUGAAAAUGACAAUGAAAAUGAAAAUGACAAUGACAAUGACAAUGACAAUGACAAUAACAAUAACAAUAACUACAAUAAUGACAUUAAAUGUUAUAUCGAUGCAAAUAAAAUCUUAUACAACACUUUAUCAACAAAAAUUGAAAUAGAAUCCCCAAGAUUUCUUCAUCUCACAAAUAACAAUGAUAAUGAAAGCAAAAUUCUUAUCUUACAAUUCGAAAAAAUAGUGUCUGACUUAUCAAACUCUUUAAACAUUUUAAAUGACUUAAAAUUAAAAAUUGAUAAAAAUUUAAAUGAUUUUAUUAUCAAAGAUAACAACUCAAAUACAAAUACCACUGCAAAUGCAAAUGCAAAUGCAAAUUUUUCUAAUAACAUUUCUAAUAACAUCGAAAUCUUUCAUAACCAAACUAAUAACAAAAUAUUUAAUCAAAAUAUCAACCACUUAUACUACAGCCUCCCUUUCAAAAAUUAUUUAGAAUUUAAUAUCAUUUAUUUGCCCUUGAAAUUAUUUAAAUCCCAAAUCCUAGAUUAUUUUCUAUAUAUAAGAGAUAACAUUUCAACCAAUCAUGAGUCAUGGAAAAUUGUCAAUUUUAGAUUAUUAUAUCUAACAGUUUAUAAAAUUAUCCUAUUUUUUGAAUACUCUUCAAAUCUAAUUAAAAAAAUAACCCUUCAAUCAAAAUCAGAUAAUAUAAAUAUCGAUGUCAUAAAUAACAUAAACAACAUCAAAAAUAUCAACAAUAUUGGCAAUACUAGAUUCAUAAAAUUCCCAGACUUUAAUUCUUUGAUUAAACAAUAUAUCAUCGAAUCCGAAAUCCUUAAAACAAAUUUGCUUCAAAUUGAAACUAUUUCAAAUAAUAUUACCCAGAGACCUCCUUAUAAUUUAAUGAACAAUAUUUAUAGCCUGUGUCUAGCUGAAAGGAAAAAGAAUUUAUACAAUAAUAAUGAUAGUAACAACAAUAACAUCAUUACAAAAAUAGAUUCAAAUUUUAAUAUCAACAAUCCUCUGAUCAAUACUCAUAACUCAAAUAUUAUAAAACAAAAUGUCACCAAUUAUACUGAUGAUAAAUACUAUAAUAACUUUUUUGGUGAUUUUGUAUCACAGUUCUACCAAUUACAGCCAAUUUUUGAGUUCAUUAUAAAUAUAUUAUUUAACUAUCAAGUAAGAUAUCUUGAAAGAAUUAAAAAAAUUCUACUAAAUUCCGGCCUAUCUUUCGAUAAUAACGACAACAUUAUCUUAAAUGAAAACGAAAAUAUCAAUGAAUUAAAUAAUGCUGAUAUUCAAAAUUUAUCAAUAAUUUUUUGCACAAUAUCUGGAAAUUUUAAAAAUUCUAUCGCAAUCUUAAGAGAAAACAUGGUAAAAAUUGAAGAUUCUUAUUAUUAUUCGGAUUACCAAACAACAAAUUACCAAAAAUUCAUGACUUUAAAAAUCAUCCCAUUAGCUCUUCUAAGAUCCUGGAUUAUCUUUGAUAACUCAUAUAGAUAUAUAAUUUCAGUCUCUGAUACUUUUGAAAAAAUCUCAAAUUCGUCUCCAGUUGAUUGUAAUAAACCAGUUUUAUUACCUGCUUUAAACAUUAAUUAUGAUCUCCCUACUUUUGACAAUUCUGAUCAAAUACCAAUCUCUCAGUCAACUUUGCCAUCAAAUAUAUCAAUUAUUAAUAAUUUAGCAAAACUAAUUCAUGAGUUUUUUUAUUCUUUGAAUUUUAUCACUCCUGGUGUAAGACAUAAAUUAAGUGAAUUGUCAUAUGGAAAACUCGAAUUUUUACAUUGUUUAUCAUCUUUGUCACAUAAUAUAAAUGAAAAGAGAAACAUUCCUAAAAUUAAAGCAUCCUUAGAUGAAGUAAAAACAGAUAUAAUAAGGGAUUUCGAUGAUUUAGUAACCCUAAUUGAAACUGAAGAUAACAUAUCUGAACUAUCCAACUUUUUAAUUCUAUAUCCUAAAUAG